AUGAAUGAAAAUAAUAAAAAUAAUAGUAGCGAAGAUUUAAAUAAUAAUAAUAAUAAUAAUAAUAAUAAUAAUAAUAUUAAAAAAACUCAUCAUAGAUAUAGUGCAAAAUAUAAACAUUCAUUGGUACCAAGUAAUGUUGGAAAUAGUGGCUUAAGUGGUAAUGGAGUUUCACAAAAAGAGCUAAUGUCUACGUUUAAAUACAAAUCAACAAGAACUCCAAGAUUGAAAAUUGAACCAACAAUUGAUAAUUUAUUUCCUUCUCAAUCAACUUCAAAAAGUAAAUCAAAUACAACAAAUUCUUCACCAAUUACAAUAAUGAAACCAAAAGUAUCAAAAUCAAUUUCAAAUUAUUCCAAUAAUAAAUAUAAUAAUAAUAAUAAUAAUAAUAACAAUGUUUCUACAUCAACAUCAACGCCAAUACCAACAACAGCAACAACAACAAAUGGUAAUAAUAUUGAUAGUUCUUUGUUUACAAGUUUAAACUCAAUACAAACAACAAUAAAUGGAAAACAAUCAACAAUGAUACCAUUUUCACCAUAUUCAUUAAUCAAUUGUUUAAAUUCAAUGAGUAGUUUAGAUGAAAAUGAAAUUAAUAAUUUACCUAUUUUUGCUCCAAUUUUGCCACCAAUUAAUCAACAAUCUGUUAAUGAUUUAAAUAAUAAUAAUAAAAAUGAUAAUAAUAAAAAUGAUAAUAAUAAAAAUAAUAAUAAUAAUAAUAAUAAUGAUAAUAAUAAUAAUGAUGAUAAUAAUCCAACCACAAAAAAGAAAAAAGUUAAAAGUCAAUAUUAUAUGGAAUCAUUAGCAGAAAGAUUAUCAAAUUCAAAUUCAAAUGGUGAAUAG